AUGCGUAGAUCCCCUACACAUGCAACGGAACAAUCACCACGUACCAUGAUACCACCCCACAACCCGUUUGCGAACGCGACGUCGUCGACGCGGACCACGACUCUCACGACUCCCAAUCCUCCUUUCACACUCUCACGGUCGCCCGGCUACUCGUCAACUUCCUACAGCUAUUCCACAUCUCCCAGUACUGGUUCUGGGAGUAUGCCCGAGAUGCAGAGUCACGAGCCGCCCCUGAUGAUGAUAUCCCCGACGCAAAUUUCGUCAGCCAGCUUGAAUGCCCAGAAGAGGGCUUACAGGCAACGGAGGAAGGACCCUUCAUGCGAUGCUUGUAGGGAGAGGAAAGUCAAGUUUGCGACGCCAACUGUGGGCGAAUAA